AUGCGUGCCACAAAAAUAAAUGAUAAUAGCGGUGAUGCAACGAUUCUGAACUCAACAGACGUACUUGAUGAUAUUCCAGGUUUAUUCGAUUAUUGUCACGAUGAAAAUAGCUCAAAUACUAAUCAUCAAACACUCAACCAAACUUUCUCUGGAACAAUUUCUUUCCCUGGAUGCAAUGAAGAGACAAAAGUCAUCACGAAAGCCGAAUAUCAAAAGUUCAUGAAUGAUAUGGUUGAAUUGGCUAAAUUAAGAGUUAAGAUAGCUAGCAUGGAAAAAACUUUGAAGGAGAAAUCAGACAAAAUCAUUAGGCUUCAACAGAAGGUUGAACCAAUCACUGGCAUUGAAUUUCCAGAAAAUAUCGUCAAUUCUAUCAACAUGAAACAGAUUGCCGAGAAAGAUUACAAGAGCGUGGUCGAUUUACGCAAUGAUAUUGAAUGGUUCGCUCACCAUAUACGGUCAAAGGUCGCAAACUCGAAACCAAGCGUCCAAAAACAGAUUGUUAACGCGGCCAAAUGGUUAGUGUCACAAUUUUACCAAGAAUUGAAUAAUCUGCUGCUCUGUAAUGAGUGCUAUGAAAAUGCAUACAAAUCACCAGACGUCUCAGCCACAAUGCCUUGCACACCACCACAUCUUCUACUGUGGACACAGGCCGAAGGUUGGGGUUGUUGGCCAGCCAAAAUGUUAAAAUGUAACAUCGAUGAAGACCUGGAAGUAAACAAGUACAUCGAAAACAUGAAGAAAGUACAUGGAAACUUCAAUUUUGCUGCGGACGACACGCCUUUUGAUCCUGAUAAAUUGGGGGAGCACAUUAAAUUCAUGAUCAAAAGUAAUGUAACAUCGACAAGUCCUGGAAAUGCUCACCGACAAGAGGUUCCAGAAGAUCAUAUCGUUGAAGAGCUGACUACAGAUGAAAGCCAUAAAGGCCUGGCUGAGACUGAAUCAGCGGAACAUGGAAAAAACGUAACGACCACAAUUGAAAAAGUCGUGCACACGAAAACAGUUAAUGCAUCAAAGAACGAAAUGCCAGGCGGUAACCAAAGUUCGUUAAAAAGACCAUCUUCGAGUGAUACGCCAACAUCGUUAGUUGGCGAUAACGAUACCAAGAAAACCACCAAUCAGAAAUUGGAAGGCGAAAAACAUGCUGCUCUCGAAAGUCUGGCUAAAGUGGAGGCUGAAAAUAAGCAUAUAGAAGUCUACAUCAAAGACUUGGAGAACGACAUUCAAGAUGCUGUAGCGACCUCCGAAAAAUUGAAAGCCGAAAAAGAUGCUGCUCUUAAAGAAGUGGAUACAUUAAAGGAACAAUUGGCUUCUGAAAAAGCGAGGAACAAAAACGCAUGCAUCAUUUGCGGCAAAGAAUGUCUCAUGUUCUGCGGUCCUGGGUGUCUAAAUGAACGCCUCAAGCAGAAGCCAAGCGACAACUGA